UCGGGAGGACAAGGGUUGAAAGCUUGAAAACAUACAGCUAGAAAUUUUAAUUCAAUUAUUUGAUGGUACAGAUAUGAAGCAAGGUCAGUCAAGUCGGACAAUAUUUCUUGCAAAGUUUAGAGAGUUUUUAAAAGAAAAUUCAGGUGUAGCACGUAGUCAGCUUAUAAAUCUUUGCCCUUUACCAGUUGCACUUGCUUUUUUUCAUCGUUUGGUAUCUCUGUUACGACAUUGUCUUACAAUAUAUUGUUUAAAGAAUCCUCAGAUGGGAAAUGUGAUUACUACUAAUGAUCUUACAGUUCCCAUUAAUGUUUUUUAUGACAACUCUAUCAAUUAUUUUGAAAUACAAAGAAUUGGAGGUUUAAUAUCACAUCUUCAAAAGAUUUUUAAAGAUAACAUCUUAGAAGCAGUUGGACCAAGUCAUAAAACAUUUCCUCAGUUAUUAGAAGAUAAAAGUAUGUAAUUACAGUUUAAAGUUUAAUUAGUUAUAAAAAUUAAUGUAUACAUGGUGAUUCUCUCACUAGUAAACACAAACAUCCCUCAAUAACUUUUUAUUGCUUUAUGGUUUCCUAUGAAAAUUUACCUGCACUUAUAUUGUACAGUAUGUUGCAAAAUAAGAUAAUUUUUAAAGCAGAUGUAUUGACAAUGGUCUCUCUAGCAUCUAAGCAUUUUUGUGUGUGAAAUUGCAAAUUUGCAAAGGCAUUUGCUAAUGUGACUUCAGUAUUGGCAAAAACCUCCUAUCGUAUCAUAUGUCUUUGACAGUAUCAAUUGCUCAAGGAUUAUUUCUGUAUACUUGCUGUUCCAAUAAUCCCAAAAGAAGAAAUCAGGUGGCCUCAGAUCUAAUGAUCAAUUUUCCUCAUGUUUGCAUUAGAUGUGUGGCACAUUGUUUUAUCUUGCUAAAAAACCCUUCUGUUAAUUCAUUAUCUGUCAACUAAUUUACAAAUUCACUGAAUAUGUUCAAAUACAUCUCAAAGGUAACAGUUACAUUGAAGAAUAUGGAACAACACUACACUUAUUUUUCCAAAUGUAAAGGCUUCAUAUGGGUUUUCUUUUAUCAAUAUAUAUAUUUUGCAAAAAAUUAUUGAGGAUCAUUUGAAUA